CUGAGGAAUGAAUAGCUGGGGAUGUGGAGCCCAUUGGCCUGCAGAAUUUUGAGGUACGGCCCUGGGAGGUGGAGGCACUUAAAGGUGACACCAGCUGUUUGGAAAUCCCUGUUACUGUUGUUAUUUAGUGAAACUGGCCACACGAAGAAAUACUGUUAAUUAAAAUUAGUAGCAGUAUUACCAUCACUGUUAAGCGUGUAUUGUCAUUAUUAUUAUUAUUGUUGUUGUUAUGAAGCACUUAAGUGUUUAAAGCCCUCAUAUCAGCCGUCUGUACGCAGCGACGGUCACGUUGAACGUCGUUUCCCCUUUAAAAUCUGUUUUUGAAACGUCGAUGCUGAUCUGUCCAGAGCUGUGAGGAGGGGAGGAUGAGGGGAGGAGGGGGACAACUCGGUAUGACAUAUAUUGUCAGGGAGGAGAAACCCCGCAUCGGACACGCGUGUUUUCACCAUGCAGACGCAGACAGACGCCGUCAAACUUCAAACCAGGACGCAUCCGGGACUCCUGUGACUGCAAACACCGACUGACGUCUUCGGCUUUCUGUGCCAAAAUCCACAGAGAAAACGCAGGAGCAGAAAAUGGCGGCUGCAGACGUCCUCUUCUUCACUUUGUGGCUCGCCUCGGUCUUCACCACCGGACUUGGAUGCCCUGGGCCCUGUGUCUGCUCAGACAAAUACAGCCGCCAUUUUGCUGAUUGUUCCUACAAAGACUUAACCAAAGUCCCGGAUGGUUUGCCUCCUAAUGUUUCAACUCUCAGUCUCUCGACCAACAGGAUCAGUCUGAUACCACUGGGGAGCUUCGACAAUGUCACCCGGGUGACGUCGCUGUGGAUGGCCCACAAUGUGAUCGUCUCCAUCGAACAAGGGGCCCUCACGCCUUUGGUUCAUCUGCGUAACUUUGACAUCAGCCAUAAUAAAAUUGUAGACUUCCCAUGGGAGGAUCUGCAGAACCUCACCAACCUGCAGAUGCUAAAGAUGAACAACAAUGAGAUGGUUCACUUGCCAAGGGACGCCUUCUCCAACCUCAAAGACCUGCAGUCCCUCCGACUCAACAAUAACAAAUUCAUAACCGUAGCCGAAGGGACGUUUGAUGGUUUGGUGUCUUUGUCCUAUUUGCAGAUUUAUAAAAAUUCUUUUGCUUGCACCUGCACCCUCGACUGGCUCAGAGACUGGAUAUCAACGACCACCGUCUCCGUCCCAGAGAAGGAUUUGAUUGUCUGUGAAUCUCCAGAGAACCUCAAAGGGGAAAUGAUCAGGAAUUUGCCUGAGUCAAAGUGUGCAGGCGCUAAUGUCACAAUACAAAUCGAACCAAAUGCUCACAACGCAACCUUCCAUGAGGGCAGCACAUUAGUCCUGACUUGUGAAUUCACAGGAAACCCAAAGCCACUGGUCAUGUGGAGCAUUCACAGCAACAGUCUGAGGCGAGAGCUGGCUUUGUCGUUCACUGAGGACGACUCACAAUUAACUGACGUCUCCUUACUGUCCCACAGUGCUGUUAAAGUCUUUAACAAUGGGACUCUUGUCAUUUCACACAUCAGGAAAGAAGAUGGCGGCAACUACAGCUGCUCGGCUACGAAUGAAUUUGGGACAGCCGAGGAUUGGGUGUCAUUGACGGUGACGGAUUCACCAAAGCCAGCACCCAAAAUGCAGCUGACUACAACACGGACCUACGCUGAAACGCACCAAUCUGUGCUCCAAACAACAGACCAAACAUCUGAGUCUGAUUCUGUGCAUCUCCCUGAUUUGAAAAGAAAAGAAAACACGCACAUCUUGCCCACUUUCUCACCCACCGCAGAGAUCAGCUCUAAGUCUGAGGAGGCAACAAGGUAUCCGUCACGUGCCAGCAAAUGUGGCUUGACUGCUAACACGAGAUACGUCUCGAGCCACGUCUUUAACGGGAGCCUGGAUGAUAUCAAGCAGUACACCUUUGACUUUGGUGUCAUUGCAUUAGGGGUGUCGGAAACAGAAGCAACAGUGCGACUCAAUCCUCUUCUCAUACCCAGAGACAAGAGCAUCAACCGGGCCUCCGCCGCCGCCGCUGCCACCACCACCACAUCCGAGAGCCUCCGCACUGACAGUGAAGAGCAUCGCGGCUUCUCAGACGUUUCUGACAAAGUCCGUUCAAAUGGCUUGUAUCUGUGUGUCACCGCUGACAGCAAACACUCGGCCGUGCAGUGGUCCAGGAUCAAAGAGGGCGUCAAGACGUAUCUGUUCAGCGGUUUACGUCCUGGCACCAAUUACUCCCUGUGUCUGACCUACAGAGGGGAGGACUGCGAAGUCCAGGUGUUGUUCACCACCAGGAGGAAGGUACCAAACCUGCUCAUCAUCAUCUCGGUCAGCAUCUGCCUGCUGACUGUGUCGACCGUGCCUCUCCUCGGCGCAACGUGCUUCCACCUGGUCUACAAAUACCGCAGCAAGACCUACAAGCUGAUCCUGAAGGCCAAAGACCAGUACAACAUGGAGAGGAACCUCGCCGCCAACUUUAGCAUCCACGCGUCUCACACCGAGUCUCAGAGGAAGAUCAACGGCAGCCAGCUGGACGAGGAGGAGGGGGAGACGGAGAGCGUGGACGGUGAGAAGGAGGCCGACACAGAAGAAAGUGUCAUGACUGAAUCGUUUAGCUUGUCUCAGUGCAGGGGGAAUCUAGACAACUGCGAGGUGGGAUCUGAGUACAGUGACCGCUUACCGUUAGGAGCUGAAGCGGUGAAUAUUAUGAGCAGCUACAAAUAUACAAAUCAGUAAUUGCUGACUGUUUCUGUCAUUCACAGUUUUGUUUUUGCAUUUCGUUAAAGAUCAAAAACAGGGUUGUUUUCAGUUUGUUCCCUUGAGGCUUGCAAAGACAGACCGUAAAUAAUGUUUUGUUCCGUCUGACAGGAACCAAAAUGCAUUAACAUGUUUUAAAUGGUUCAGUGAGGAGACAGGCCGCCAGCUGUCAGGCUUCAUCGACCGUCAGGGGUUUUCCAGACAAAACACGUUAGUGAAAGCUGAACUGGUUUGGGCUGUGCUGACCUCCAUUUUGUAGCAAGAAAUGUCACAGUUUCCUCCUUUCACAACAGUCAUUUAUUUGGCUUCUGAAAAACCACUUCCAUAAACACUGAAGAGUCACUGGAGAGAAGAAACAGAACCGGCUUGUGGCCAGAGGGACACUCAACCAUCAAAGCUUUCAGUAUCUGCUCAGCUUCACGUUCUAUUAAGAUGUCACUGGUGGUGAGUUCAGUCAGAAGCCUUCCUCAGAGUGUUUAAAGUUUAACAUUUAGGAAAAUACACAUAUUUGCUUUCUUGCAGCUGAAAACACAUUCACAUGUCUGUUCGCUAGAUAUGCAGCCACAUCCAGCAGCAGCUUAGCUCAGCUUAGCGCCAAGACUGAAAACAAGGUUUCAGUGAGCUCAUUGGCUUGCUGAGUAGCACAUGGGAAUAAAUGAGAAUGCCAAGAAGUUUUAAAUGUGCAUCUGGAUCCAAAUCUCCAAUCUCCAAAACACACAUGGUGGUAGACAAUCAUGGGAUGCAUAAAGCAGAUAUUUAGAUUUAUAAGCGCAAUAGUUCAUAAGAAACAAAACUAUUCCAAAAUGCCUUAUCUUUCUUCCUGGUAAAAGUCAUGAAUCCCUGGUCCAUCUUAAUAACAAAUUUCAGUAAAGUCUGUCAACAUCUUUUAUCUCACUUAAUGCACAAAGAAACAGAAAAAUAACCUUUUGGUCAGCUGGUAAUCCAUCACAGUAAACAUGGAGGCUGAACAGUGAGAUGUCAGCCCUGCAGCUGUAAAAUAUUUUAGCUUGAUUAGCUGGGACUCCAUCUCGGCGCCACUUUCGACCAAAAGAGUUACGAAUUGCCAAAAUGUCGAGUGCCGUCCACAAAGUCAGCACUGAAAUAAACUAUAAAGUCUCUGCCAGGAAAUAAUCAAUCAAUCAAUCAGUCAGUCCAAAUGUAUCAUUAUAAUUGAAAUUAUUGCCGCUGUCUAUUAAUUUAGAGCGCGUUUGUUGAAAUGUGAUCCUAACUAACAGCUUGUGAGGGAAAACAAGAUGAGAGCAAACACAAGUAAGGACGACGGUUGAAUAAAAAUCAAUAAAAUCAAUCGUUAUGGAAAUAAGAUGUGUUAAAAG